AUGUCUGUGGCCGCGUCUUUGACAGGCCCGGCACGCUCCAACACCAGCUGUCUUGCUAUCUGGGAAGGUCACGCAUGCCCCUGCGGCGACACGCUGCCCGUCUCUGCCGGUGUCCUUCCGCUGCACUGUCCCAAGCAGUCAGUCUUUUGGCAGUCCUUCCGGAUCUCCUGGCAGUUUUUCCGCAUCUUUCUGCGGUUCUCGGCCUUGGAUGGUGUUGAGAACAGUGAUGAAGGUCGAUACCUGUGCCAAGUUGUGCCCGUUUCAUCAGGGAACAGAUUUGGACAAGUUGAUAUAAAGGUUAUCGGGGACUUCUUUCCAGCAAGCAAGAGUGAAGCAUCAUCAACAGCUAGUUUUCAGCGAGGUCACAGACAGACGCUACCGUGUGAGUGCGCGUCACAGACGCCAGACGUAAUGUAUUGGUCAACGGGAGAGGGAGUCACUACAGAUACACAGAUCAUUGGUGCACGUUUCUCUGAUGGUGCUACCCUACAGAUCCAACAUGGCGCCGAUAACAGCAUUGGUAGCGACGCUUCACUUACAGUCAACUCCCUGCAUGAAGUACAAGUUAGACAGAGAUUUUGGUGUCACGUGUUCCAGUCGGAUGGUACUCUCAGAAAUUGCGCUACCAAUGUCCAGAUAUCAGAUGCGCCCAAUCCAACUGGUGCCCUUCAGGCUUCAGAAACAUCAUUCUACCUGCAAGAAGGAUUACGUCAGGUUCUCCCUUGUACCAGCUGGAUACCAGGCACGGAAACCUGCGAGAUUCAGUGGCUGAAGCUCGACAUCCCCAAUCAAAAUGUACUCAGUUACAACCUGUCGACCAAUCAGAUUGAAGCACCCGUUACAGGAUAUGAUCUGGCCAGUGAUUUUGGUUUGGUUAUCGCCUCAGCAGAAGAUGACCAUGCUGGAAGGUACAGAUGUGAUCUUGUGGAUACUGCAACUGAGAGCGCUGAAAUUGAAGUUCGCAUCAUAGGAAACCAAUUUCCACUUGACGGCGGCAGUGCUACAGCAGAUGACGCGGUUUCUUUUGAACCCGAUCGAAAACUCAGCUUCACCUGCCUUGCUAAACGAAACAUCUCCUUGACGACCAAAGCCACUUUGUUUUGGUCGUAUGGCGCCCUCGAUGCGCACACUACCACUGUGGUCGGCAAAUUGGAUCUUCUAGGUGUUUUCAUGACGUUGUCUGAUCUGGGAGACGACUGUUUCCAGACAUCUACAGAGGGUUCCCUUAUCUUGAACAAUUGCUCACAAGAUGAUGACGUCAGAUACUGGUGUCAUGUCUUCCCCGACGGUGGCGUUGUCAUCAGGUCGUAUGUUGAUUCACGAUUGAAAACUCCAACUGGUAACCCCGACUCGUUCUAUAUCCUCCCGCUGGUUUUAUGCAUUUGUGUACUAGUCAUCGUUUUCCUGUUGAUUGCCAUGCUGUUGGUCUGGAAUCGUCGCAAGCAAGAAUCUAUUCCGACCUUUGACGUGAAAAAACUUCGCGGGAAAAUUGAAACGUUUAUAAAGAAAACCUUUAGUCAAAUUCCAAUCACGCCAUGGGUUACAUGGGCUGAUGCAGACAAGGCACCGAUGGGUAAGGUGUAUGUACCGACAGAGAUGUUACGUAACGUGCCCUUCCAAGAUGGUAUUGUAAGGUAUAAAUUAAACUCCGAGUCGGAAAUCUUUGAUGAUGGGGACGAAGAACUGGGAAAUAUGCAUGUACUCAUUAAUGGUAGAUCAGGAAGUGGUAAGUCUACAUUGUUGUACAAGGUAGCGUGUGAUUGGUCCAAGGGGAGAAAAGACGCACUGCUGGCUGAGAAAAAGUUAGUCUUUUUUGUACCAGCUACAGUCCUCAUUCAAACUGGCAAUCUUGGUCAAGCAGUUGUUGAACACAUGCUACCUUCACAACCGAAAACAUUGGCAAGUUCGAUCAAUGAGUACUGCUGCAGUCAUCCCAGUGAUGUGGCUUUACUUGUUGAUGGAUGUAAAGGUGAACAAGACAUAGAUGCUGUGAUGAGAAUUAUGAAAGAGCAAGGUCUUCUUGAAUGUCAAAUGAUCAUGACUACGAUGAAUGCAAAGAUUGCACGAGAUGCGUGCAAUCAAUAUAACAUGCGACACAUCACGAUCAAUGGUUUUACACCAGACAAUGUUCACCAGUACGUAAAUAACAUUCUCGAAAUCUUGCUCGAUCGAAAUCCUGGUGAAAAAUCACCUAAAAAGAUUGCAGCAACUACACGAGUAUCAAAACACACAGACACAGUUGUCACUAUGGAAAGCACACCUCUGAUUCCUUCACCUCAAGAAACAGCAGGUAUGAUAGGCGAGCAGAAAAGCCAUAUCUCCCUCUACCAGCGAAUUAAAUCCGAUGAAAAACAUUCUCGUGACGAAAAACCACAAAGUAAAGAUACGCCGAUUACAGGAAGCUCCAAACACCCAGACACAGUUGUCAAUAUCGAAAGCACAUCUCCUAGCACUAAAGAAACACAAGACACGACAGGUGUUUAUAAAGAAUCUACAAAUGAUCUGACUCAUGAUGAAGAACGACAAAGUAAAGGUGGUCAAAAAUCACCAAGUAAAGAUGCACCAGGGACAGAAAGCACAACACACACAGACACAAAUAUCAUUAUGGAUAGUACACAAUCAAACACUGUGCCUACAGAUUCACAACAAAUAACAGGCGAGCAAAACACUGAUGUCUUUUCUGACCUCCGCAGGUGUUUAGAUGAGGAUAUCUUACCUCCACAGUUUGUUUGUCUGCCCGCUAAUCUUGCGGCACUCUGUCAGUUAUGCGUUUGGACCAAGGGAGAGGCAUUCCGUUCUAAUGCUUUGACCAUUGGCGAUGUUUGCUACAGGUUGGUCAAGUGUAUGUUUCAGAGGAGUAAACCAAUCAGAGAUGACAAGUCUCUGAAUGAGGAAACUGUCUUCGGCUAUGGCGCUCACCUUAAAAACAUCGUGGCAAAGGAGCAGCUUGAACUAUUAAUAGAGCUUGGCAAGGUGAUUUGGCCCCAGAUCUCUAAAUACUACGAGGGUACGUUAACACUGUCUGAGUCGGACUUCCUCGGUACUGAAGGAGGACAGGAGGCUCUUGAAGCGGCAUUCCAAGUUGGUCUGCUUUGCCGUUGCAAGAAUUUUAACAGGAAAUCUACGGUGGGGUCCACUGAACUGAAUGCAGACAUAGAUGUCAAGGUGCUGAAACCAAACAAUAGAUGUUCAUGUUUCUGUUGUAGACAAAGUGUUCAGAGUGAGUCCGAAAUACCGCUGAUACCACGAAAUAAAGAGCUCCAGAUACAAAACUUUGUCCUUGAGAUACUGGAGCAGCUUUGCGUUGGCAUGUACUUGGCUCAUUCUACGGAAAGCGUGAGCAACUGGUUUGAAGAAAUGACACGUACUUUUGGCCUUAGAACCAGUCUGGACAAGAUUUCCAGUGUAGUCUCAUUCGCCUGUCGGGAAAACCAAAAUGACCGUGAAGCAGCAAUCAAGCUUCUUGUAAAGAUCGUGAAAACAGGUAGAAAUCAAUCAAAGAGUCUAAAAGAUGUGCUCCCUGUGCAGAAAUCACUGGAGUUAGCAUUGGAGAUCAAUCGUGAUAGCAAUAUCUCAGGUUCCGCGAACAAAACACUGAAUAUGCUGUUCGAUAAGGGAACGAUUCGUUUAAUUGGAGUCUCGAGACACAAGAUCCGUCUCCUAGUGUAUCUUUUCAAACAUGCACAGGAAGGUGGGGGCGAUGGCAAGCUUAAUGUGAAGUCGAUCGAACUGUUUCGGAUAGGUCGCAAUGAUUGGAAGGACGUUCGAGAAAUGUUUGCGGGUUUUGUUCAAGUGUUAGCGGACGUAGGUAAGAACACAUCUAAUAAGGAGGAGAGACAAGCCAAGGAGGAUAAUUCCGAAUCACCAACUCCUCCACAUUCCCUGGAUACAAAGACACAUUCUGCCACUUCAAGGCAAGAACAUAUCGGGGAACACAAAGGCGAACACGGAGCACAGGACCCUGCUUCCUUAACAAGUGAUAAAACAUGUCAAGAUGAGAAUCAGAACAUUAAAAUGAGUGAACAAGAUAUUGAGGGAUCGGUGUCAAAAGAACCAGAAGAUGAAGAAAACCACCCAGGGGACAAACAGCAACCCAAUGAUACUGCCCUUCAGAUGAGUAGCGACACAAAUGUUGAAGAAAAAGAUCCUCAGGCAGAACAGAGGUUACAAGAUGCCUCAGCCUCUACAGAGUCACAAGAUGAAGGAAACACAUUUGAGAGCAACCUACAAGCAGAUGAAAAUGAAUCCCAAACAGAUGGAGGAGUGAAAUCUAAAAAAAAACGGGACCAGUCUUCAAAAUCUCCGAAGAAUAAAACAGGUAAAAAAUUAAAACCCCAAAGCAAAGCGACACCACCAGAUGAUGACAAAACCAAAAAUGAGGCAGAUAACCCUCCAAAAGUUUUAAGUCAAUUCGAACAAAUUUCUCCAAUCAUGAAAGAAUCGGGAAGUGCAUCACAACAACUGGAAGAACGGCAAACCCCUGAACCGAAAAAUGACGACGCUAGUUCACCCGCCUCUCUCCCUCACGAUACGCUUAAGAUACCAUCCUCAACAAAAUCUUUUCUCGAAGUAGAUCAACUAGACAACAAGGGCCCAACAGAUGAUGUGGCAUCCCAGAAAUCAAAAGGAGAGGAAAUCCACCCAAGUCCCAGCUCUUAUUCGACUGACUGUUCUGAACAAGACGUUAUGGCUCCGACAAAAUCACAAGGUGAAGGAAACAAAUUCGAAGACAAUCUACAAACAGAUGAAACUGAAUCGCAAACAGACAGAGCUCAAGUUGGAAAAGUGAAGUCUGCCGAAAAGCGGAGAAAGUCAUCAAUAUUUUCGACAAAGAAGAAUACAAAAGGUGAAAAAGAGAACUCCCAAAGCAAAGCCGCACCACCAGAUGAUGACAAAACCAGACAUGAAGCAGAGAACCUUCAAAAAGAUUCACGUCAAUCCGAGCAAAAUGCGCAAAUCAAGAUAGAAUCAGAAAGUCCAUCCAAACAACCAAAAGAACAGCAAACCCCUGCACAGAAAAAUAAAGACGCCAUUCCACCCGAUUCUAAAAUCGAAGUACAUCAACCAGAAAACGGAGAGCCAGUAGACUUUGUGCCAUCCCAGAAGUCAAGCGAAGGGGAGGUCUACUCAAGUCCCAGCUCUCAUUCGCUCGACCACCCUCUGGAAGCACUCGGUAAGGUGUAUAAACCCGAAACACUCAGAGCAUUGCGGAAAAACGUAGAAUCAAGAAACGAAGAUAUGCCUUGGUUCCAUCCUGACCAGUCAGACAUCAGUGUCCUUCAUACCGUGCAGUCUUUUGGACUACAGGAGACCGUUGAUUCGCAAUGUGGCGAAUGUCAUUCCUCGAAUGCAGUUAAAGACUUCAUUCACUGCUUGCCUGAAUUGAAAACGCUGGAAAGUCUCAUUCUGGUUGGGACGAUUCUAAGUCCAAAAGAUAUAUGCUCCCUAGCAAGUCAUCUGAAUAAAAUCACCAAGUUGAAGAAGCUUGAUCUUCGUCUGAACCAACUUUUCGACGACCGUGCCUUUGAGGCUGUUACCGACUCGCUACAUGCUUGCAAGGAGCUUAGGGAACUAAGACUGUCUCUGUACAGAGUGACUAAAGAUGGGUUCAGUAAUGUCAAGACGAAAAUGGAGAAAGGUGGAGGAAAGUCUUGGGAAAGACUAGAGACGCUUUAUCUUCUACACGCUUCCCCUGCAGAACCACUCGUGGAAUUCUUGUCCGACAGUCUGAAAUAUCUCCAUGACAUAGAAUACAUCCAUAUGUCAGCAUCGUCUCCAAAUGAUGAGAUAUCAGAAAAUGUUCUCCGUGACGUCAAACAUAAUAUGGAAAAUCCAGACUAUGUGACAAACUUAAAAAUGCCAGUCAUGGAGAACAUGGAGCAACUGAAAUCAACGUUGGCCCAACUAAAGCUGCCGAAGGGGAAAAAGAAGCAGACACGCGACUUGGUUCCGAAACUUGUCGAGACUGUCUUGGAGGACAUUCCAAGCUUAGAGGAAAUAAAGAGGGCAGGACGGGGUGCUGUGAUUGGAGCAAAAAUUGGGAGUAAAGUUGCAGGAAAAAAGGGAGCCAAGGUGGGAACAGUAAUUGGUGCAGCCGCAGGAUCUGUUCUGGGAUGA